GUUUUGUCCAACAAUUGGACAGAUGAAUCUUCAAACGCUCAGAACAUAGAUUAUUACUUACCAUAACAAGAAUCUACUGUGCGAAAUUUCUGCCCAUACCCGAUUUAUUUAAUUACCUGUUUGUCUAUUAUUAUCUAUCGUUCUUAAUGUGGCGACAGUUUUAAAGCAAAAAUUGGAAAAUAAUAUUAUUUUAAUUCCAAUACUUUUUAAUAAUAAAAUGGCGCUUAAUUUUACUAGAUUAAUAUGCAGACGUAAUUUAUAUCUUAAUAAUUUUCGUUGUUUAUAUACAUCCAAUCCAUCGCGGAUUUCUACAUCUGCAGCUUUAAUGUGCUGCGAACCUGAAACGUAUGCGCAGAAAAAUUUACGUCUCGCUCGACCAUUAUCACCACAUCUAACGAUAUACCAGGUUCAGUUAACAUCAUUUUUGUCCAUCACACAUCGUGCCUCUGGAGUUCUCCUGAGCUUAUACGGAAUUUUCCUUGGAUUCGGAACAUUAUUCAUUCCCGGAGGAAUUCCUUGUGUUAUUCAAGUUAUUACUAAUUGGAACUUACCAGCUGCGCUGUUAUAUUUAGGAAAAGCGCUAUUCGCUAUACCAUUGACGUAUCAUUACAGCAAUGGACUGAGACAUUUGAUGUGGGACUUGGGCAAGGGCUUGAAUAUGAAGGAAGUUUACAGUAGCGGAUGGAUUGUAGUAGCUGCAACGUUAAUCUCAGCAUUAUCUUUGGCAGCUUUGUAAAUCUACAAUAUUUAAUAAAUUAAGAAUUAUAAUUUUAA